CAUACCAAAUAUACCUUUCAACAUACCAUCUUCCCUUACUCAACUACAAUCUUUGACUAUGGCUGAAGUCAUUGCUUCCGAAAUCCUUGACCAAUUGGAUUCUGUCCUGAAAACACCCGAUCACGACAAGGGAAAAGAGGUUGUCAGUGCCAAAGACCAAGCCCCAACGCUCAAUGCGAGACUUGUGGUGGAUGCUGAUGCAGAAGUCAAACAGCUCAAAGUCAAUUUCAAGGACAUCCAGGGUGUGCUUGAAGAGGCAGAACGCAGACAAGUGAAGGAAAUGGCUGUAAGGCAUUGGCUGGAUAAGCUUGCUGACACUUCCUGUGAGAUUGAUGACGUGUUGGAUGAGUGGAUCACUGCCAUUCAAAAGCUGAAAAUGGAAGUUGAAAGUGCUUCCGCUGUUAAGAAGGUGUGUUCCCAAAUCCUUUGUCGUUGUUUUUCUACUGGGAAAACUGUCUUGCGUCGUGAUAUUGCUAUUAAGAUAAAAAUUCUGAAUAAGAGGCUAGAUAAUUUAGCUAGAGAGAAAGAAAAUCUAGCUAUAGAGAAAAAUGUGUUCAAUCUUCCCUCUGAGGAAGCCAUUGGAGAGGUAGGAUUACCCAGGAUUACCACUUCAUUUUGUAAUGAAGAUGAAAAAAUUAUUUUACAUGGAAGAGAUGAUGAGAAGAAAACAAUUCUAGAUUUUUUAUCUAGUGAGAGUAGUGAAGGAUCAGAGAUCCCUGUCCUUUCGAUCGUAGGAAAGGGAGGGAUUGGCAAGACAACUCUUGCUAAGGUUGCUUUCAGUAAUGAUUUUAGAGGUGAAAAUUUGAAUGUCCAUUUUGAUGUUAAAAUAUGGGUGUCUGUGUCUGACUCUGGUAGUGAGAUUAAGAUUGCCAAGGCAAUUCUAGAGUCUCUCAAGGGUACACGUGCUAAACUAAAUCUAGGUAGAUUAGAAACUUUGCUAGUACAGAUACGUCAAUCUAUGGUGGGGAAGAAGUUUCUUCUUGUCUUAGAUAAUGUGAACCCGAAAAAUCCUAUCAAUUGGAAAAAAAUUAAGCACUAUCUUAAUUGUGGUUCUCGAGGAAGUAGAAUUGUCUUAACCGCAUGUGAUGAGAGCACUACACAAAUGAUGGAAACCACCCAAACAAUCACCCUAGAAGCUUUAUCAGGUGAAAAUUCUUGGUCAUUUUUUAGGCAAAUUGCAUUUGAUGGAAGGACUAGUGAAGUGCCCAAUGAUUUAAAAGAUAAUAUUCUAAGCACAUGCAAAGGUUUGCCUCUUGCUAUAAAGAUAUUAGGGAGUUUAUUGAGCUUGAAAGAACCAAAACAAUGGAAAAAUUAUUUAGAUAAUAAGCUAUGGGAAUUAGACGACAGAGAAAAUAGAUUUUUUCCAGCUUUAAUGUUGAGUUAUUAUGAUUUGCCUGCUAAAUUGAGAAAAUGUUUCUUGUAUUGUGCCAUUUUCCCGAAAGAUUAUAAGAUAGAAAAAGAAAAGUUGAUUAAGUUAUGGAUAGCCCAAGGUUAUAUUAAGGUAGACAAAGAGUUAAUUGGUGAGUGGUAUUUUGAAAACUUAGUAAGACGCUCAUUUUUUCAAGAUUUUGAAAGAAGUAAAUAUGAUGGUAGCAUAAUAAGUUGCAAGAUGCAUGAUAUUGUACACGACUUUGCUCAAUUUUUAACAAAGAAUGAAUGUUUUAUUAUGGAAGUUGAUGAUCAGGAAGAGUCUCACUUAGAGUUUUCUUACAAAAGAACUCAUCAUUUAAUGAUAUUAGGUGGCUCAAUUCCUAUCUCUAUUUGUAAUGAGAAAAAAUUGCGUAGCCUCCUUCUUGUUGUUAAUCGUACAUUUGAUUUCAUGUUUGAAGUAGACUUGAUCAAAUUAUUUGAUCAGUUGACUUGUUUGAGGGCAUUAGAUUUGAGUGACUGUUCAAUUACAAAAGUCCCUAGAGGAAUAAAAAAGUUGAUACAUUUGAGAUAUCUUAAUUUAUCUCAAAAUAAAAAAUUAAGGGAAUUGCCUGAGAUGGUGUGUGAUUUGUAUAAUUUGGAGACCUUGGAUCUUUAUAGUUGCAUUAGUCUUGAAAAACUACCACAGGGGAUAGGAAAGUUGAUCAACUUGAGGCAUUUAAUAAAUUAUGAUAAUAAAUUUUUAAGAUAUAUGCCAAAAGGAAUUGAGAGAUUAAAUUCUCUUCGUACACUAAGUAAGUUUGUCAUUGGUGAUGGUGGUUAUGGUAAGAAAGCAUGUACCAGUCUUGAAUGUUUGAAAAAGUUAAACCCCCCUAAAGGAUGUUUUCAGUUAGAAGGGUUGGGAAAUGUGAGACAUGUUAGUGCAGUUAAAUUAGCAGAAUUCCACAAUAAGAAAAACCUCAUUGAUUUGAGUUUAAAAUUCAAUCAAAGUUGGUCAGAUGAGAAUGAUUUAUCAGUUCUUGAAGCCUUACAACCACCUCAAAAUUUAGAGAAGUUAAAGAUAGAUGACUACAAAGGCAAAACUAUAUCUCCCCCUUGGAUGGUCUCAUUAACCAUGUUGAGAGCAUUAACACUCUCUAAUUGCACCAACUGUAAGAAUUUGCCUACUUUAGGUGAAUUACCAUCACUCGCAUCACUCAAGAUAAGUCAAUUGACUAGUGUGAAAACAGUGAGUAAAGAAUUUUUAAGAAUUGAAAAUGAUGCUGUAUAUUUGCCAUCAUUGUCUGUUGCCUUUCCCAAACUAGAAUCUCUUACGAUUUGGAAAAUGCAACAAUGGGAAGAGUGGGAUUCUGGUAUUAGAAGGAGAGGGGAUAGAAACAUGACCUGUCUUACUUCCUUGUCCAUUCGAUAUUGUGAGAAAUUAGAGGCAUUACCAGACUACAUUCGUGAGUCGGCAACGCUCAAGCAGUUGGAUAUUAGAAAUUGCUUAUUCUCACGUACAAGCAAGCUGAGCAACAUUGUGUUUCCCAGCAUCACAAACUUAACUCUUCGUGAUAACAUGAAAGGGUGUGAGCGGUUACCUCCUUUGGGAAAAUUAGCAUCCCUUGAAUCCCUUAGAUUAUUGGAUAUGACGGGUGUGAAAAAAGUCGGUAAUGAAUUUUUGGGACUAGAAAACGGUGGCACAACUACUAAGUUCUUCCCCAAAUUGAAAUCUCUGGAGUUUUGUCGAAUGAAACAAUGGGAAGAGUGGGAUAUAAGCAAGGAAGAUAAUAUUAGUAUCAUGCCAUGUCUUCACACCUUGAAAAUUAGUGAUUGCAACAAAUUAAAAGCCUUGCCAGAUCACAUCCUUUCUAAAACAACGCUACAGAAAUUGGACAUCAGUUGGUGCUCAAUUCUUGAAGAACAAUACAAGGAGAAGAAGGAGAAGGGGAGUGAGAAAAAUAAGGAGAAAGAGAAAGGAAGAGAUUGGCACAAAAUCUCUCACAUUUCGCACAUCAUAAUUGAUAAUGAAAGUGUGAAAUAUCCUGGGCAGGAGACAUUUCCAUCACCUACUGGCUUAGCUAUAAAAAUGCUUGAUAGAUGAACUCUGCACGGUUGUUUGACCGCGGAGGUUCAGUGAAUGGAGAUUGUGAGGAGAAAAGAGGGAUUGUAAAUCAGUGGAAUGCUUGGUCUCAUGUGCAAUGGAGAGUUUGGGCAGAAUCACAGGUGCCUUGUAUGGGGAAGUUUCCGGCGUCUGUCAAAGUUGUCAAAGGCAUCAAGCCUCACGUGCAUUGGGUAGACAUACUAGACAUACCAGCAAUCAAGGUGUUUUCCAGAUAUGUUAGCCUUGAAUUUCUGGGCAGUACAUCAACGAGUUCUGGAUGCAUUACAAGUGCUGUCAUUCGUCUCUGAAUCUGAUCAACUGUGCCUUCAGUUCUAAAUCACCAAACUUACAAUUGCAUCUUCAAUCUGUUGCCUUUGGUAAUACACUUUUGCAGGGUAACUUACAAUUGUGCCAGCAUAUUGGUAAAGCAUCUGGGAGAAAAAUCAGACAAGUUGUCACUGAUGUGCAGAACAGAACAGAGGAGGUUGCUCAACUCAUCAUGAUCUUUUAGCCAGCGGAAUCAACUUUUCCCCAUGAAAAUGGUUAUCGCAAGAGGCACCAAGAUAUGAUGAUGCUCUUUCAACUUGUGAAAUCACAGAAGCAUUUCAAAUAUCAAGGUUACACAAUUGAAACACAUCACAAAUUACAGAAGCUUUGUAUUAUUUGGUUUAAUAUCCUAGUCCUUGAACUUACCAGUUGUUAUUGUUUACAAGGGAACGAACUGAAUAUGUUGACAGUAGUCUAAUUCAAACAGGAAGGAAGAAUUACUGAACUGUCUAGUGGAGAUUAUGCAAGUUCAUUGUCCCCAGAUUUUACAGAGAAGCAAAUGUUACAGCAGAUUAGAUGGUAAUUUGGAUUUUUCAUAUUCAAGCUAGCCAUGGUGGGACGAUCCUUCAUCUAUUUCUAAGUUAGGCAUUUACCUUGUUAGAUGUCUAGUUAAAGUUUACUUGUAAUUUUGUUACUUCAUGCAUUUGCAUUUUUAUUUUCAUUCAUUGUACAUAGAUCUUUUGAGGGGUAAGGUUCAUUAUGUCCCCCCCAUCUAGGUGUCAUCUUUUUUAAUUAUUAAUAAAAUUUUCCCUCGUGCCGCCGAGGUUUCAUUUAAAA